UGCAAUCCUUUUCCCUUUCUAAGCUUAAAAUUUCCAAUAAAUCGCUCACUUUAUUUCUCGUCCCAAGUCGCUGGUCACUACAUUAGCUUUUCUCGAUCCGCCGCGUUUUCCCAUCACCGGUUUUGUUUCCCCUUUGUACCCAACACUGGAAACUACUUCCCUACACCCAACCGAGACUUACUAGACCAGUCUAACCCCAUUAUGAAGCUUCCUUUCCUACACCAUAUGGUGGCCCUCUACCUUGUGACGGCCGCGACCGCCACCCUGUACGUCAAAUCGUCCUCUUUGUUAACGUGCAUGGAGAACUCGCAGUUCACAGCGUCCUUUUUCGACGUCGUGUUCACCCCCAACAACAAUACCGCCACAUUUGACAUCAGCGCCAUUACCACCAUCAGCGGGAAUGUCACCGCGCAUGUGGACUUGAUCGUGUACGGCCUCACCGUGCUCUCCAAGGAGUUCCUGUUGUGCAGCUUGAACUACGGGUCUGUGUGUCCUCUCACCUCUGGGCACAUCGACAUCGACUCAUUUUACACCGUGGAUAAGAACAUCACAAGCAUGAUUCCCGGCAUCGCGUACACGAUUCCAGACUUAGAUGCGAGCGUGCGUGUCAUGCUCUACGCGGAGAAGGACCCAACCACGCCUUUGGCGUGUGUGGAGGCGAUCUUGACCAACGGCAAGACGGUGCUGACCAAGUAUGCGGCGUGGCCCAUCGCGGCCAUCUCCGGUCUCGGGUUAGUGACCGCCGGGGUGGUUUCCGUGAUCGGUCACUCCAACACCGCUGCGCACAUCGCCUCCAACUCCGUGUCGCUCUUCAUCUACUUCCAGUCGGUCGCCAUGACCUCCAUGAUGGGGGUCUACCGUGUGCCACCUAUGGCCGCUGCGUGGGCGCAGAACUUCCAGUGGACCAUGGGCAUUAUUAAGGUGGGCGUCAUUCAGCGCUUCGCCAACUGGUACGUCCAGGCAACCGGUGGGACCUCCACCUCUAUCUUGUAUAACCAGCAGUACCUCUCCAUCUCCCCUCAGAAGAAAAUUAAGCGUUCUCUCGACUUUGUCAACGACAUCACGCAAUACGCGGCCGACCCGGGUAUGAGCUUUGUCUCAAGACAGGUUAGAAAGAUACCGCAGUUAUUGAAGCGCGUGCAGCUUGCCUACAACAUCGACGUCGAGGACUCCAACUUGUACACCACCAACGAAAAGUCGGCCGAUCUCUCGGGCAAGAUCUUGGUGCUCCGUGGAAUACAGCGUGUCAGCUUCUUGGCCGGGAUUGAGAUCACCAAUCUCUUCAUGACCGCGAUGGCGUUUACUUUGUUCUUCGGGUUAGUGCUCUUAGUGUGCUUGGUCUUGUUCAAGGCUGCUAUCGAGCUCUGCAUUCGCACCAACGUCAUGAACGAGGGUAAGUUUCACGAGUACCGCAAGCAGUGGCCGAUCAUUGUCAAGGGUGUGUUGUACCGCUUGGCACUCAUUGCGUUUCCGCAGCUCGGCGUCUUGUGCUUCUGGCAGUUGUUGGAGCGCGACUCCGUCGGCUGCAUCAUCAUCGCCAUCGUGCUCCUUGCCGUUGUGAUCGGCUUGUUGUUCCAGGCGGCCGUCCGUGUGGUGUUGAUCGCGCGCAACUCCAUCCGAAUGUAUAAAAACCCGGCGUAUUUGCUCUACGGUGACUCCAAGGUGUUGAACCGCUUCGGCUUUUUGUACGUGCAGUACUCCGCCGACGCGUACUACUGGGUCAUUGUGCACUUGUGCUACGUAUUGUUCAGAUCGCUUGUCAUUGGUGUCGCCCAGUCUAACGGGAAGGCCCAGUCGUUGAUCGUGUUCAUCAUCGAGAUCGCGUACUUUGGGGGCUUGUGUUGGAGAAGACCGUACAUGGACAAGCGUACCAACGUGUUCAACAUCCUUAUCGGCGUGGUCAGUGUGUUGAACGCCAUCUUCUACGUGUUUUUCUCGAACCUCUUUGGCCAGGCCGCGGUGGUCUCCUCCGUCAUGGCGGUCGUGUUGUUUGUCUUGAAUGCCGUCUUCUCCUUGGUGUUAUUGGUCUUCACCAUUGUCACGUGCUCCUUGGCUCUCAUCUACAAGAACCCGGACACCCGCUAUCAGCCGAUGAAGGACGACCGCGUGUCCUUUAUUCCAAAGGGUAUGAAUGUGUCUGACAGCAAGGAAGGCGGUGGCUUUGAGCUCGCCGCCUUGGGUGCCGCUGCGAUGAGGGGGCAUGACCAGACAAAGUACGACGACGACUCGGUCCUCUUUGAUGCCAACUCCGACGAGAGAGGCAGAUUAAACAGCGGGCAGAGUUCCUCCAGAAGUAGUUUCACCGCCGUACAACCGGGAUCCGCCGUGGGCAACAACUACGGCAGACUGGAGUACGUGGGGAACUACAACCAGCUGCGUACCAACGAGAACGUUAGAUGGGGGUUGUAGUAAGGCCUCUGUAGCCGAAUGAAUGAGCUGAGCGCAUGAGGAGUGCCGGCUAGAUCUUUCUCCUUGUAUUUUAUCUUUUCCUUCCCGUGCAUUUUACAUUCCAGUAGCGCGUUUCAUUGUUUUAAUCUUUUACGAAAAUGGCUCCAGCCCGGUGGUUUGCCGAUGGGUCACCUUUUAAAUCCUUUUGGUUAGAUAUUUCAUACAUUUGUUCCAACUUUUAAAACGAGUCAA